AGAAUCCUUACUUAUCCUUGUUCACAUCAUCCAAGCUUUACUGCGAAGGGAUUGGCCAAUCAGGAUCGGUCGCUUUCAUUUCCGAAUAAGAAUCGUGGGCGGCCGUUGAGCCUGCUACGGUCACUUUUAAACAGCGCGUGGAACCUUCGUCCAUUACAACACCAGUCCAAGCCGAGGAGUACAAUGAAUGGUUUAUUUUAUAUGACUAUUAUUCUGUCAGUCUCUCUCACAUCACUCGAAACAGACCACAUAUACUGUCUAAAACCCCCCGAAGAGGUACCUGUACAAUGUAAAAACAUUACCGUCAACGGUGGAUAUAAGUACCCCUUCGAUGAAGUGUGCGACCAACUUGAAAUCUACUACGAUAAUCAGACAGUAAAGGAAAUUCUUGAUGACAAGACAUUGCCCAUACAAGAUCAAUGUUUGAAUCUGAUUGUGAAAUGCUUCAGACGAAGGAGAAGUGAAAUCUGCAAGAGAUUUGGCACUGUUUCAGAUGCUUCCUCUUUAUCAGACCCAGGAAAACCUAAACAACAGUUAAACAACACAAGUGAACCGGCUGACACAGACUCAGUGAAAACUGCGGUUAGUGUUGGUGUGCCGUUGGCGGUGGUGCUACUGCUGUUGGUGCUGUUGGUGCUGUUGGUGGCGUGGCUCUGUCGACGAAAGAAGAAACAGACGGUCAGGACUGAAGACGGGGCUCUCCCUGAGCAGACUGCGGCACAACCUGAAGCACAAUCACUGCUAAGUGGAACCAGUAGAUUUCGUCCGGGGGCUUUUUCUGCUGACUACAGCGCUGCUACAGAUGAUGUGACCGUGACCAUGCCCGAUGCCUCUGGAGGGAAAACACGUUUGAAUGGAGAUUGUAAAGAUUGAGGGCGAAAAUUGUAUUGAAGUAUUGGCUUUGGCCCCGUCCACACAGUCUUGUACGUUUGGUCCGACCGUCCAGACAAACCCGGAAUUUUGGAUACCUGCAAACACAUUUUUUUAAACCAGGGGCCUCUACGAAUUCUCUUUUUUUGCAUAGGAAAUUCCCUUCCUAUGGAGAUGACCCCGGAAGUGGUUCGAAUUCUAAAAAUGCUCAAAUUCUAAAAGGAGCCUUGAUGCUUCCUUUAACCCUCCUUUAUACUCCUGAGCUUCCUUUGCGAAAGGAAAGGACAUAGUGGUAUCCCAUAUUCCUUUACGGCGGCAAUAUUUAAAGCAACAUGCCAUCGACGAAGUUAACCGACUCUACGCAAAGACGCAUGAGAGAUGCGGGAAAGCAGAAGAAUAGAAGAGAAGAAAAUACAAUUGAUGAUAACGGAUACCAAUUACAGAAACAUAAUUAUUUGAAUACAAAUUAAUUCAUUUAUUGCUGGUUAGUAAGCACAUAAAAUACACCAUAAGAAAAUAAAAUGCCAACUACACACUAGGGCCCGACCGAUAUUGAUUUUUGAGUGCCGAUGCCGAUUAUUUUCAGAGAAAAAUUACGAUUA